CUUUCUUCCUGUCUGUCUUAUUCAACCGCCUGACCAGCCACUUGCGUGGGUAGAAUGCAAGGAUCACCUGCGUGGGUAGACUCCAGGAACUUUUUUGAUGGAGCAAGUACUGGCCAGCUUUAGGAUAAUAUGAUCAGCUCUCAUCUUGGGAGAAACUAGUAGAGUAGAGAUCCAGGCACCACCACAGAGUCUUUCUCUGCUGUUGCAGAACACUGGGCUCUGGUGUAGCCUCCUCUGCAAAUUCACUUCCUUUUUCCAUGUGGACUGAAUUUCUCUUCCUAGAGGUGGCUUUUGCAGAGGUUUCCUGGCAGAACAAAUGUGGGCAAAGCAGCAGCAGGCCCUGUGCCCCACCAGAACUGCACAUGGGAGGCUUCACAGAAACAGAGAUGCUGUGGCCUGGCUCUUUUCUACGCUCUGCAGAGUCUCUGGCCCAACUUUGUUCCAAAUGACCUUCACUGCUGCUCUUUGGAUUGCUGUGUUUGGCAAAUGUGGUCCACCACCUGAUUUAGCCUAUGCCCUGCCUGCAAGUCAGGUGUAUCAAGCACACUUCGAAAGUUACACCACCCUGAAAUACAAUUGUCGCCCUGGCUAUAGUAGGGCAACCUCAAGCCAGACUAUUUCCUGUAGACCUUCGGGGGAAUGGCAGAUUGAUAUCUCCUGUGUCAAAAAAUUGUGCAGGAAUCCAGGAGAGUUACAAAAUGGACAUGUGCAAGUUAAGACAGAUUUCUCUUUUGGAUCACAGAUAGAAUUCAGCUGCUUAGAAGGAUAUAUCUUAAUCGGCUCAUCCACUAGCUAUUGUGAGAUCCAAGGCAAAGGAGUUAUCUGGAGUGAUCCUCUCCCAGAAUGUGUAAUUGUCAAGUGUGGGUCCCCUCCAAGCAUCAACAAUGGGAACCACAAUGGUGGAUAUGAAGACUUCUACACAUAUAGCUCUUCAGUCACCUAUAGGUGUGAUCCCAAUUUCUUGCUCAUUGGCAAUGCCUCCAUUACCUGCACUGUGGUGAACAAAACAAUAGGUGUUUGGAGCCCAAGCCCUCCUACUUGUGAAAGAAUCAUCUGUCCUCAGCCAAACAUUCCACAUGGAAUGAUUGUUUCUGGAUUUAAACCUACAUAUAAAUAUAAAGACUCUGUUAGAUUCAACUGCCUGAAAGGGUCUGUCCUCAGAAGCAGCAGUGUAAUCCAUUGUGAAGCUGAUGGCAACUGGAGUUCCUACCCGAUUUGUGAGCUCAAUAGGUGCAUUAAUAUCCCAGACAUUCCAAAUGCUCACUGGGUAAACUAUCACAAGCCAAGAAAGGAAGAGGCAUAUCCGGUUGGGACUGUGUUCCACUAUCGCUGUCAUAAUGGCUAUGAACCUAAAGGGGUCAUGACUGUGACUUGUCAGAAGGAUUUCAGCUGGAGCCUGUUUAAAGGAUGUAAGGAGUUAUGUUGUCCAGUACCAGACCCAAAGAGUGUUACAGUCAUCGAGCAUACAAAAGCGCAUCCUGAGAAUGACUGUACUUACUUCUAUGAUGACAAAGUAUCAUAUGUAUGCGAUGGUAGUAAAACCUUUUCAGCUACUUGCAAAUCAGAUGGCACAUGGCAACCUCAAACACCAUCCUGUUACCCGGUGUCCCAUCGUCAAGGUUGUAAUUUACCACCUGUCAUUGCCCACGGAGGUUAUACAAAAUCUAUUCUACCGAAUUACACAACUAAGGUCACAUAUGAAUGUGAUGAAGGAUACAGACUGAUUGGAGAGGCAACCAUCUCCUGCACGUCUUCACAAUGGAGAGCAGCAGCUCCACAGUGUAAAGCUUUAUGUCAGAAACCAGAGAUAGGAAAUGGAACGCUGUCUGCUGAUAAAGAUCAGUAUGUUGAAUCUGAAAAUGUCACCAUCCAAUGUUACUCUGGGUUUGUCAUGCUGGGUUCCCAAAGCAUCACUUGUUCAGAGAACAGAACCUGGUACCCGGAGGUGCCCAGAUGUGAGCAGGAAGCCAGUAAAGACUGUGAGCAUGUGUUUGCAGGCAAGAAGACCAUGCAAUGUCUGCCAAAUUCAAAUGAUGUGAAAAUGGCUCUGGAGGUCUACAAGCUGACUCUGGAGAUUGAACUACUAAAGCUCCAGAUAGAGAAGGCAAAACACACUGACCAGGAGUUAUGACUGGAUACUCCCUCAAGGAGGAAGAAGUAUCUCAUUGGCUUUCUGACUUCAGUACCAAACAGAUUCCCUGCAUUUAGCAACGUUUGUAACUUAGGCACCAAUGUUCAUGGUAAUAAAUUCCCUGCUUAGAAUAAUUCAUUAAAGGAUAAUGUUGUAAGUUUAUGAUAUAAUUAAUCAUCUUGUGGCUCAUAAAUUUGCUUUUCUGAAUGCAAUGUAUACAUUUUUUCAAUUAAAAAUCAAUUUUGCUCUUGUAA